AUGUUUUCUACGAUCUUGAACUUAAGGAAAAUUUUAGAAGAUACUAUAGUUGAGUAUAUCGAUGUGGAUUUUACACUUUGGUUAUCAUGGCUUUUAAUGCCACUGUUGAUAACAUUUUUACUACCACUUGUGAUCGCAGCAUUACUAUAUCUGACAGCAUUAAUAUUAUAUGUAUACAAGUUACAUAGAGCUAGACUAAGAAGUGCAUAUGAAACUGACUGGAGAAAUGCAGCUCGUAAUGUAGUAGCUGCAGUUUGGGAUGCCCAUGGUUGGAUAUGGUAUGGGUACAAAGUGAUUGGAUUGGAAAAUAUACCAGAAAAUCAACCAGUACUUUUUGUAUAUUAUCAUGGAGCAAUUCCAGUGGAUCUUUAUUAUUUCAUAUCGAAAGUAUUGCUUACAAAUUCAAAAUUAAUCCAUACAGUAGCAGAUAGAUUUCUUUUUAAAUGUCCUGGAUGGUCCAUAAUUUCUGAUGUGUUAAAAGUCAUACCUGGUACUGUUCAGAUAUGUUCUAAUAUUCUGAAAGAAGGUAACAUGCUUGCUAUUUCACCUGGUGGUGUAUACGAAGCUCAGUUUGGAGAUUCUUAUUAUCACCUGAUGUGGAAGAAACGAGUGGGAUUUGCUAAGGUUGCAUUAGAUGCGAAAGUGUGCAUAAUACCUUUCUUUACAAAAAAUGUUAGAGAAGCAUUUAGAACCAUAAGUUGGGGUAGAAGAAUGUGGUUGAGAAUAUAUGCUGCAACAAGGUUUCCUUUUGUUCCCAUUUAUGGUGGAUUUCCAGUUAAAUUAACAACAUAUGUUGGUAAACCAAUUCCAUAUGAUGGAAGCCUCACACCAGAGGAAUUACAAGUAAAGGUUGCAGAUGAACUUAAUAAUUUAAUAAGGCAACAUCAAAGAAUACCUGGAAGUAUAUCGUCAGCUUUAUUAGAAAGAAUAUAUGAUGUAGAUACAAAGAAAUCAUAG